AUUAAAGGCAUUGAAGACGAUGAAGAUGGGAGCCAUGAAGACAGUGUACUGGAGCACCAUCAUCAACAUCUGCCUGGCACUGUCAGGUGUAUCUGGACACCGGAUUGUGGCUGGAACAGUGGCUGCCCCUCACAGUCGACCAUAUAUGGUGUUCUUGGUGAGUUACACAGCUAAUGGAACAUACAUGUGUGGAGGAUCCCUCAUUCACGAGAAUGUUAUUAUGACUGCUGCCCACUGCAAUGGAAAAUCAAUCACUGCUUAUGUUGGUAUUCAUUCAGUGAGUAAAGCAGAAGGAGCAAAUCUUGGAAUACAUGUGACAAAACAUUAUCCCCAUCCAGAUUUCAAUGAUUCAACCUUGGACAAUGACAUAAUGCUGCUGAGGUUGAGUCGAAGAGUGAAAUUAAAUAAAACUGUGGAUUUGAUCCCAUAUGCACACAGCUAUACUAAUGUGUCAGUUGGAACUGCAUGCUCUGUGGCAGGCUGGGGUCAGACUACUAAUACUUCAAGAGUAAGUGAUGUGCUGAGAGUGGUGUCUGUGAAAAUUAGAGAAAUCAAACCUCUGGAACUGAAUGCAAGAGGCAACAACAGAGAAGGAGCCUGUAGAGGUGAUUCUGGUGGUCCACUGGUGUGUAGAAUUAAAAAAGUCAACACGGCUGUGGGAGUUGUGUCUUGGAUGAGUCCAGAUGAUUGUAAUGAUCAAAAACGUUUGAAUAUGUACACAAAGGUUUCUGCUUACUACAAGUGGAUCAUCGCCACUUUAAAGGAAAUCCCCCAAUAAGUCUCACACUGAAUCUUUGGUUCAGUGGAUGACUCUUCAAGCUGGGGACAGCUCCUCUGAUGAUUUCUUCCCCAAAACAGCAUUUUCUUCACAUUUCAGCUUUGAGUGAAGCAACGCUCCUGACACAGGAAGGGGGCUGCCAUAAACAGACCCAAGAUACGAUUUAUAACCACAAAGCAGUUCCACUUCCAUUCCAAUUCCUGCUUUGCGCCUAAAGAAAUGCCUUGUGCUCGUGUCAGGUUAACUCAAUACUAACUAUCUUGACUUUUGACCUACAUAAUUUUAAAUUUGGUUUCUAAAAUACUCUCGUUGGACAGUCUGAUGCUGGUAUUCAUAUUCACAGUUGUUUUCUUCCCCCACUCCAUCAUCUCCUUGCUGCAUUAUGCUGUUGUGACAACAUGAAGGUCACUUAGAGUGAAAAAAGGUGCAUAAGGGAUCUUCAUACAGCACAACAAUAUAUAUAAACAUGAAUGUAGCAGACAAUUUUGGAACAUAAAUUUCAAAACCUGUCAUGAGACUGUUUUGCCAUAUCUUAUAGGCAAAUGGCUUCUCAUCACUUGCUGUGCCUCUGGUGCUGUGAUUUCAGAUUUCAGAUGUGAGUUGGAAUGGGAUUGUUCUCUUCUGAAGCUUGUUUUACAUUUCCACUGCUUUAUUUGCUUGAAUAAAGAUUUUAAUUUUAAAAUGA